CGAAAGCAAAGCAGCAUUCAAAAGAUCAAUUUUUUUUUUUGUAAGCAAAUCUAUCCGACUCUCUGCCACUCAACUCGUUUCCAUGGAACUCCAAACAUUCCCUCAUCUCUCUGCUACCGGAAAUAUGAUGCUUGUGGUGCAAGGUCAUUCUUGCAAGAGAGGCAUCCAAAAUGGUUUGGGUGUGAGUAUCUUUGUAGGACAUAAAUGUUUACAGAACCAUCUAACCUUAAGGAGGAAAUACUCUUCAAAGUGCAUUGGAGCUUCCAUUUCUUGCUCAUUUAGUUCAGAUAAGGAUCAAAUUCUACCUUCAUUUCAACAGCUAAGUGAUGCGCGAGUGAUUUAUUGUGUAGCUGCAGCGUUGGGUCAUAACCAGGAGUCACAUCCAGAAUGCAGUUCUAGAGUUCCUUCAAUUGUCAGUGCUCUUGAAAAGAUGGAGCUUACUUCAAAGGUAUUUAAAAUUUAUGCAAGUUAUGUCAUUGUUCACUAUGAUGACACUCUGUAUCACAUUUUUCACUUCCCCUCAAUGCACAAUUUCUUUGAGGCUAUGGAUCAGGCAUCGGAUCAGGGAAUUAUUUUUAUUGAUGGCUCUGGACCUACAUAUGCUACUAUGACAACAUUCCAAGAUUCACUUACUGCAGCUGGAGCUGGAAUCACCUUAGUUGAUUCAGUGGUCUCUGCAUCUAUGGAAGUCCCAGAUCCACCCACUGGUUUUGCUUUGAUCAGACCUCCAGGACAUCAUGCUGUUCCAAAGGGGCCUAUGGGGUUCUGUGUUUUUGGGAAUGUGGCUAUUGCAGCCCGCCAUGCUCAACGAGUACAUGGAUUAAAACGAGUAUUUAUUAUUGAUUUUGAUGUUCACCAUGGGAAUGGCACGAAUGAUGCCUUCUAUGAUGACCCAGAUAUAUUCUUCUUGUCAACUCACCAAGUUAAAAUAAAAGGAAUUAUACUUUUUUUUUCUAGCCUUGAUUUGGACUCAUUACAAAGGGCAGAUAGCUCAGACACAACAAGAGAUAUACUCAACAUAUUAGAGCUCACUAAGACUGGAACCUGUGCCACCAAGUUGAUGGAGAUUACGGUUGGACUUUCUCUCAGGUAUGAUGCUCAUGUUCUGGAUCCACUGGCCAAUCUACAGUUCACAACAGGAACGUACUACAUGCUUGCGUCCAACAUUAAGCAGCUUGCCAAGGAUCUCUGUGGUGGUCGCUGUGUGUUUUUCUUGGAAGGAGGAUACAAUCUCAAAUCUCUUUCAUAUUCAGUGGCAGACUCAUUCAGAGCUUUCCUUGGUGAGCCAAGUUUGGCAUCUGAAUUUGACAACCCUGCCAUCUUGUAUGAAGAACCAUUUACAAAGGUGAAACAAGCAAUCCAGAGAGUGAAACACAUACAUUCCCUGUAAAGACACUUAUACUGUAAGAUUUAGCUUGAAAACCUUAUUGCUAUACUUGCAAAUAAAAUUGCUUAUGUUGGUCAAACUGCCACAGUAGAAAAUGUUGUUUGUAAAUCUUUCUAAAUGGCAAAAUGUUAAAUAUUUAUUUGUUUAAGCAAAA